UUUUUGAAGGUUACCCUAAAAAAUAUACAGCGGAAAAAACUUUUUUAAAAAAAUACAAGGUCUAUAAAGGGGCCUGCUUUCAAAAUGUAAAUAGAUAAGUUCCGUUGGACGUACAAGUAAAAGAGAUAGUGGAUAAGAGAGAAAAGCAGGGGAUAAUAAACGAAACCCCCGGCAAUGGCGAUGGCGAUGCCGAUGCCGAUGCCGAUGCAGCUCUGGUCCUCGUCGUCCUCCUCCGCGUGCUGCGCCGGCCUCAAACCCUUCGUAUUGGGGGCCCAACAAGAGCGACCGGGCGGGGCAGGAGAGCUGAUCCGGUCGGGGUCGGUGCGGGCCAUCAGGCCGAGCGAGGCGGCGGGGAUGCUGCGGGGGGAGGGGGGGUUCCGGCUGCUGGACGUGCGGCCGGCGUGGGAGCGGGAGAAGGCCCGGGUGGGCGGGUCCCUGCACGUGCCCCUCUUCGUGGCCGACCCCGACAACGGGCCCCUGACGCUCCUCAAGCGGUGGGUCCACUUCGGCUACGUCGGCCUCUGGACGGGCCAGCUCCUCACCACCGUCAACCACCGCUUCGUCGCCGACGUCGAGGCGCAAGUCCCCGACAAGGCCACCAAGUUGCUCGUCGCGUGCGGCGAAGGCCUCAGGUCGCUGAUGGCGGUGCGGUUGCUGCACGAGGGAGGGUACGAGAACUUGGGGUGGUUGGCCGGGGGAUUCAACCGGUGCGUCGACGGCGAUUUCCCGGACGUCGAAGGGAGCUCGAAGCUUCAAUAUGCCACCAUAGGCGGCGUGUCGUAUAUUUUCCUCCAACUUCUUCUCCUACUGCGGGUGAUCGGAAAAGAAUCAAAAGAAAGGUGACAGACGAAGAAUGAUCAUCAACGGCUUACCGGUUGUUUUUGUCUAAAAUGAUGUUAGUGAUAUAAUUGUUUUGAUUGUACAUUGAUCACAUUUAAUGAAUCUUGUCAGACCUAAUUAAUCGUUAUUGAAUCAUUGGAUUAACAGUAGAAUUACCGAAGGUACAAUAUUUGUCA